AUGUCUGUGAUAUGGUACAAAUGUGAGUCAGAGAAAUACAGUAAAAUGAAUUUUUUCAGUUCAGAGCCAUCCUGCUUUCCCUUAGACAUGACAGAAAGGCACGCAAACCAUGAAGGAACUUAAACCACUGUCUUGGGCAACUGGUACCCAUGUCAUUAAGCUGAAGUUAACGUCAAAGCUCAGUGGGAGAAAUAAUUAGAUUGGCCAAUAAGGACUUGGAGGAGAUCUUGGUGCAGUCACAAUUAACAGCUCACCAACCUCCAGCCCGGAUGGGGUCUGCACUGCUGCAUCCUUAUGAUGUCCUGAGGAGGAUUUGGGAAUCUCUGUGACGAGGUGACCUUCAAUUAAAAUAAAACAAUAAAUGACAUCAAGCACCCCCAGCUGUUCUGGGAUAACUCAAUAACUCACAGCCCCAGCAAGGAGGGGGGCAGAGGGAAGCAAUACAGCCCUUAAAUCACUGCCUGUGUGCAGCACAGCAGGAUGAGGCAGUGGUUUGCAAACAAGCAGACCCAGAGUCCUGCUGCCUAUUUGACUGUUGCCACUCAACAUCGAGUUACACAUUCAAUGCAGUUUGCUAAACAAAUUCCUCUGUGUUAUUUCCAUCUCCCUGGGUUCUAUUUAAACUGAUUUCAAGGAAACUGUUGACACUGCAUCCCCUGCCCCCAUUUGCUCUCCUGCAUUUUAAUGCUUUCAUGAAAUGUUUUCACCCCCAAAUAGGGAGAUUAUGAUCCCUGAGCUGCUGCUGUGCAUGAGCUUUGGUUGCACAGCAGCCCUCAAGCCGAGCUGCCUCUCGGCUCAAUUUAGGAGGCCUGGUGACUACAUCAUUGGAGGCCUGUUCCCUUUUGGGAUGGACACCAUCAACCUGACAGCACGAUCAGAGCCCACCUUAAUUGUGUGUGAAAGGCUAUUUGUAGAGGGGCUGAUAUGGGCCCUUGGGAUGAAGUUUGCUAUUGAUGAGAUCAACAACUCCACGUCACUUCUCCCAGGAGUGGAGCUGGGCUAUGACAUCUACGACACCUGCUUUGAGCCACUGGCAGCCCUACAGCCCAGCCUGCUGUUCGUGACCCAAAAUGGCACAACAGACAUUGGCAUAGCAUGCAACUACACCGACUACCAGCCUCGUGUCACUGCUGUGAUUGGACCACAUAAGUCAGAUCUCUGCCUGCUGACAGCCAAACUAUUCAGCUUCUUCCUGAUUCCACAGGUCAGCUACGGGGCCAGCAGUGAGAAGCUCAGCAACAAGGAGCUGUACCCAUCCUUUUACCGGACUGUUCCCAGUGACAAGAACUUGGUGGAAGCUGUGAUCCUUCUGCUGAACGAGUUUGGAUGGAACUGGAUCGCCACCAUUGGAAGCGAUGACGAAUACGGCCGAGGAGCCCAGGAGCUGUUCUUAAGCACAAUUGGAAAUGGUAGCAUCUGCAUCGCUUACGAGGGCCUAAUUCCUUCAGACCUCACAGACCCCAAGGCUGAGAAACAACUGGAAGAGACCAUUCAGAACAUUAACAAGACCAACGUCAACAUUAUUAUCCUUUUUGCCUUUCAACAGCCAGCUCAGGCCCUGCUGGAACAGAGCAUCAAGAUGGGACUAAGCAAGAAGGUUUGGAUCGGCACUGAAGCUUGGUUGUUGUCUGACAUAGCUGCCUCCAUCCCAAACAUUCAGAGCAUCGGGACAGUCUUAGGCUUCAUUAUGAAAGCAAGCAGUGUCCCUGGCUUCCAGAAAUACGUUGCCAAGUUACUCAGCUCUGUUCAGCAGGAUGAAUUUUGCCAGAAGUCCAGAGAAUCCUACCGCCACGUGAGCUCUGACAUGCUGGGCACACAGUGCAAACAGUGCGACCACAUCUCCCUGCAGGACAUCUCCUCCACCCUAAGCCACUCCCAAGUACAACCAGUGUACAUCGCAGUCUACAGCGUGGCUUACGCGCUGCACAGAGCGCUGGGCUGCACCCACCAACGGUGUCCCAAAGCAUCCAUCAGAUCUUGGCAGCUGCUGCACUUCAUGAAUACCGUCCCAUUCAUGGUGAAUGGCCAAAGUUUCAGGUUUGAUGAAUCCCAUGGCACAAACGCUGGCUACAAGCUUAUAUUCUGGCACUGGGAAAAUGGCAGCCUCACAUAUCUGUCUGUGGGAGACUACCAAGAGUCCUUGUACCUCAAUAAGUCCCUGAUUCAAUUUCACACUACAGACCAAAAGGAGCCCACAUCAGAAUGCUUCAGAGAGUGCGAACCAGGGCAAAUCAGACAGAAUAAAGGGUUCCACUUCUGCUGCUAUGACUGCACAGACUGCCCAGAAAACACCUUCUGCAGUUCUAAAGACUGCUCCACCUGCACUCCCUGCAUGGAGCACCAGUGGUCCCCUGCCCGGAGCACGCAGUGCUACAACCGCAGCGAGAGAUUCCUCCGCUGGGACGAGCCGCUCACGGUUGGCUUGCUGAUAUCCAUGUCCAUCAUCGCAUCCCUGACCUGCCUGACAGCCGUGCUCUUCGUUAAGAACCUCAACACCCCCCUCGUGCAGGCUUCUGGAGGCAGCCUGAACCUCUUUGCCUUGUUUGCACUCGUGCUGAUGUGCCUCAGCUCCUGUCUCUUCAUAGGGAAGCCCAGUAACAACCUCUGCGUGAUGCAGCAGAUUCUCUAUGCCCUGUGCCUCAACGCCUGCUUCUCCACCUUCCUCACCAAGUCCCUGGAGAUCGCCCUGCUGACAGAAUUCCCCCGCUGUGCCUGCGCUGCCCUGCGCUGGGUGACGCCGAGCAGAGCCUGGCUCCUUGUAGCCCUGUGCCUCCUCACCGAGUGCCUCUUCUGUUUCUGCAGCCUGCACCUGGGCCCUGACUACGUGCUGCCUGACUACAGCUCGCUGCCCACAGAGGUUCUGCUCACGUGUAGCACCGCGUCCUGGCUUGCCUUCGCCUUGAUGCAUGGCUACAACGGGUGCUUGGCCUUCGUCUGCUUCCUGUGCACGUUCAUGGUGCAGACCUCUGGGAAGAAAUACAACAUGGCCAGGGGCAUCACAUUCGCCAUCCUCAUCUACUUCAUCAUCUGGAUCUUCUUCGUUGCCAUCUUUGCCACUCUGAAGACAGUCCUUAGGCCUGUGAUUCAGAUUGGUGCCAUUCUGAUGGUCAGUCUGGGUAUUGUGGGGACCUACUACAUCCCCAAAUGCUACAUCCUCUUGCUGAAGCCUGAUUUGAACAGAGAGGAUUAUUUCCAGUACUCUACCAAAGAGGAGCCAGAAGGAGACCCUCAAUAAACAGGCAACAAACCAGAUCUAUUGUACCCUCAUUAGAAGCUGGCUGUAUCUUAUAUCAUAUCAUAGAAUGGCCUGGGAUGAAAAGGAUCACAAUGAUCAUCCUGUUUCAACCCCCCUGCUACGUGCAGGGUUGCCAACCACCAGACCAGGCUGCCCAGAGCCACAUUUUAGCAAGAAUACUCUGUUCAGAACGACUCUGUAAGGUAUGAUGCAGACUCGAUCAUCAAUCCAAUGUAACUGAUGUGAAACAAAAAGCUAAGCCUUCCAAAGCCAAUGUUUAAAUUUGUAUUUUACAUGGGGGGAAAAAAAUAAGUAAAUUCUUGAUUUGGACACAAAACUACAGAAAGCAUUUUGAGGCAUAAGGGCAGCUGUAUGUGUGACACGAGAAGUGCACGACCCAUUCAAAUACCAACUCACUCAUUUGUAUUUCAUCAACGUGUGAGCAAACAUGGAAAUGAGGACGAGGCACACAGAAACAAAGUGCAAAUCACCCCAUCGCAGUCGCUCCAAGAAAUCCCUUCCAUCUCAAAUCACAUGCAAAGAUCAGUGGGGAGGAAUGCCUCUUACCCACAGGGACAUUCUGCCAAGGGGACAGAAUGAAUCAAACACUGUAAGCACCAGGAAGCAUCCUUCAUCUCUGCAGCACACCCGUUGUUCACUGCGCAGGAGGAGAAUUCUCAGCUCCAAGAAGGGCAGUGCUUUGCUCCAUUCGAUAUCAGUUACAAAAUGGGUAACUGAUAGUUUCAGAAGGCAUGACAGAUCCUUGUAAAGGAAAAAAACAGACUGACCCUGACAAAAGCUGCUUGCUAACCAUCCCCAGUCAAUAUCUAGCUAAUAUUAUGAAUGUUCUACAUCAGUUACUGAAUAAAUGAUCAUCUUUGAAAGCGCUGAGUGUGGGGUUCAAUGGAAGAAGGUAUGAGUGUAACCCUCUGCAAACCCCACAACUCUUUGCCACAAGGCAGCAUUACCUAUUACUGCAUACCAACUUUCCCAAACCUAUUUUUCUGUGUGUCAAAGCCACCUCUAAUUACCAGCCUGCCUGCUUACAACACCCAAAAGACAGCAGAACUCUCACCUGAAGCCUGGAAGACCUCGUGACUGGAAAUAGCAGCAAGUCUUCAUGAGCACUCUGUGGUACCUGCAGGUCUAAGAAAUAUUCCUUGCUGCAGUGCUGUGUUUUCAUAGCAGAACAGCAGAAAGGGAAAAGCACCUGAUUGUGUUGCUCAGCUCCUUCCAGCCACCUGCAGACAAUUCAAACCAGCUCACAGGCAAUUCAAACUAGUUCACAGCUGGAACCCAUCAGGCCCCUGCACUAACAGGCUGCACAGUCCAAAUUUUCGACCAUUUUCACCUGACCAGAACUGGCUAGAUAAUUUUCUGCCCUGCAUAAGCUAACGUGGUUUGAAAAGGCACAUAGGGCAACUGUGCAGGACUGUCUCAUAGGCUCCCACGUACCUCUGCUGUACAUCUGUGCCGUUUGUAACGGGUGCUCCCACAAUAACUGCUGCUUUGCCUUUUCCCCUUUCUGCUGGAUCUCUACCAGCUGCAAAAUCUGCCUCCUGAAGCCUCCAAGGUUGCUGCUUGUAGGUGAACCACUGAGCUUGCAUCUGCUGCAGUUUGGAUGCAGCAUCAGGGAAUAUCCACGUGAACCAGCUGGAUACACAGACAGGUUCUACCAGCAGAUCCAUCUCCUGUGUUUGCAGGCAGGACAACUUGCUCCAUCCCAUGUCUUUACAACAGGACGCUUUUACUUCCAGAAAUGUUCCAGCCUUUCCUUUAUACUUACACCUGCCAAACCAUGACAGGGGAAAGGCUGCUAAUUAAGAGCUUGGGGGAUUUAUAUUACCAUCUUUGCACCAAUUUAUUCAUCGCUAGCUCAAAGCUGCAGCACUUCUGGUGUCAGGGCCUCGUGUUUCCAAUCAGACAUCAUUAACCUGCACAGCUUUUCAGCCACCUGUGACCCAGUUCAGCUGUGUACACAUACAGGGCUCCUGUCUCACUCUGAGCUGUGAUCAUUUACAAGCACCAUUAAAACAGGGCUCCUGGCUGCCUACCAUCAGCUCCUGAACGUUUCUUCUGUUGCAGAGAUGGCAGAGAGAAACAGAAGUAACUAAAAAAAAAAAAAGAGGCUAAGAUUCUUUUUCAUUCUUCUUGAAUUAUAGACAGUGCAGUAGUGCAAAGAACUGAAGACAUACACUGCAGUUAUCACAUAAAAUUAAAAGCUUUUUAGUGUUUAAAAUAGCAUUUACACAUAAGCAGCUAUAUAUUAACUAUACAGACACUUGGGUUUUAAUACAAUAUCUACAAAAAAGAAUUCAAUUAUGCAAUAGACAUUUAACAGGAACAGUGCAGUCCAUGCCAUUAAGAGGUCACUCUUCGAGUAGAACCAAAUCUAGAAGAGGUGAUAGUCUGGGUUUUCAUUAUUUAAAAUCAUGUAACUUUGUUCCUCUACUGUACAUAAAAUUCUUUACAGGUAUUUCUAAUCACUGAUUAGAAUUAAUAAUUUUAAAUCAAUCUUAUUACAAUCCAGUUAAAUGCAGAACAAAACAAAAAACAAAACAAUUACAUCGACUCAUGAGCUGUCAAGUCUCAGGAUGGGACUGCCCACUUAGAACAAAAAUUAGAUCAAAAGUCAAUGUCUGUGCAUCAUUGCUCACCAUCCAAUAGACCUUUGGAUAAAGUGUCCAGGGGACUGUUACCUUUGAAAAGUCAAUUUAUUAAUGGGAGGUAAAAGACAAUAGCAGUGCUUUUAAGACUAUUUGCCGAACCACGGUACUCCUCAGAGUUAAAAUAUCGGGUGGGUUCACUGCCCCCCUCCCCAGAUUCUGCCUCCUUUGGAUAGGAGACGUCAUCCCAAACUGUUCUCUCCACCUUUCCAAACAUACCUCUUAGUCCUCGUCCCAAGCUGCCGCCAGGUUUGUGUGAGUGCUAAGCCCAGCUGCAGGGCAGGCCGUGAAGAUCUCAAUUCCAGAAAUCAGAAAGAAAAA